GGCUGUGUGGCUAAAACACACACACACAGCUUCUACCUGUUUCAUGUCGGUUAUCGAGCUGCUGUUUGUGUCAGCUGGAAACAUCAGCACAGACCGAAGAAGGGCUGCUAUGUUGCUUGCUUACAACUUGACUGAUUCUGUGCAAUACAUUUUUUCCUGAUUUGAAAUCAGUUCUCGUGAAGAAUGCUCGAUGCAGUGUCGGUGACGGUGAGCUGGUUUGUGCAGCACAAUAACGGCACCCUGCCUCCAGCUAUCGAGAACACCUCAGUUCUGCCCACAUGGCCAUCCCAAGCCAACAUCACCCAACCACACGGCUGCCUGCGGGUGCUUUACGAGGAUAUCGGCUCCUCCAGGGUGCGCUUUUGGGACCUGCUGCUGCUGGUGCCAAAUGUAGCCUUCCUCGUGUUCCUGAUGUGGAAGCUUCCAUCAGCUCGCGCCAAGAUCCGCGUUACUUCCAGCCCCAUCUUUAUCACUUUUUACAUUCUGGUGUUUGUCGUGGCAGUUGUCGGAAUCACUCGAGCAAUUGUUUCCAUGACUGUGAGUGCAUCCAGUGCAGCUAUCAUCAUCGACAAGGUGCUGUGGGAGAUCACACGCUUCUUCCUGUUGACCAUCGAGCUCAGCGUUAUCAUAUUAGGACUGGCUUUCGGUCAUUUGGAGAGUAAGUCGAGCAUCAAAAGGGUGUUGGCCAUAACUGCAGUGUUAGCACUGGGUUACUCAGUUACACAGGGUACGCUGGAGAUCCUGUACCCAGAUCAGCAUCUCUCUGCUGAUGAUUUCAAUAUCUACGGUCAUGGAGGGAGACAUUUCUGGUUGGCCAGCUCGUGCUUCUUCUUCCUGGUUUAUUCUCUGAUCGUUGUUCUGCCCAAAACCCCAAUCAGAGAAAGAAUAUCAUUGCCAUCUAAGAGGAGCUUUUACGUGUAUGCUGCCAUUCUGUCGCUGCUGAAUAUGGUACAGGGUCUGGGUAGUGCUCUGCUCUGUGCUAAUAUCAUAGAAGGCCUGUGCUGUGUUGAUGUCACCACAUUCCUCUAUUUCUCCAUGUUUGCGCCUCUCAUCUACGUAACAUUCCUCAAAGGAUUCUUUGGCUCCGAGCCAAAGAUCUUGUUCUCCUACAAGUCUCAGAUAGACGAGCCGGACGAGCCUGAUGUGCACCUGCCUCACACUUCCUCCUCUGGUCUGGGCAAUAGGAAGGAGCUGGAGCACAGUUCCUACUCCAGCACACAGAUAGACACUUCAGGGGCUUAUCUGGACGACGUGGUGUCUGGCCCCUAUGGAACUGGACACAGCAUCAACAGCAUCGACAGUGACCGAUGGAGGGUGCUCAAUGCCUAGAGGAUGGACCAGGAUGGACUGGAGAACAAAAGGAUUGGCCAUAUUUGACCAACUUAAUGACUGACCCUCACCCAAUAAACUGCAUUCCCUUUAACGCAAUGAAUAUGCUUUGGGUUUGAGCUCAGCUUGCAUGACAGCUCAGUAUAUGACGGUUUCUGUGCUCAGUCAAGGUUGCUAUGUUUUUUUUUUGUUUGUUUUUUUUAAUUAGUGAUCUUUAAAUACUCCUGUACACUUUCAGCUGCAGCACCAGUGCAUUAUGGGGCCUGUACAGUACCUAGAGUAUUAUUGAAGAAAUAGUCAGGAACACAGAUGGCUCGGCUGUAAUUGAGAUGAGACAGAAUUUGCUGAAUGAUGAGCUGCAGAACGGGUAUUGUAAAAAAAAAAAAACUUUGUAAUGAGGGUCCCCCCCCAAAAUCAUAGAAGGAGGAAAAAAUUUGGAUAUAUUGUGCUGAACUGUGCUCAGAUCAACUGCUUCUGGGUUCACUUUUUAUUUUUAUUUUAGUGAUUAUGCUUGUUAUAUUUUUACCCUGUUCCAUUAUCAUUCCAUUUUGAGAAACAAACCAAGCAGCAUAAAAAGGAACAAGUUUUUUUUUUUUGGUCCGUCAUGCUGUUUCUGCAGCAAUGGCUGGGCUUUAAUGACCAAAAAUGUAUAUUUGACUUUUAAUCUUUGUGCACUUUUUGUAUUGUGAAAUCAUUGUUGAGCUCUAAUAACAUACCCAAGCCUUACAACAUACACUGCAUAUUUUACAUCGACAUAUAGAGGGUUAUUUAUGGGUGAUGGCAACACCAGAUCUUUUAUAUUUAUAGAAUGAAAACUGGCCAGAGUUCUGAGAUUUUGUGUGUAUUUGUUUUGGCUGAAUGAGUGAAUUUCCUGCCUUAGAACAAUGCACACUACCUGUGUUAUCGAGGACUAAGAUGGUAAGCUGAGCAUAAUUUAAAGCACUCACUAACACUUAAGAUGCGCUUUUGUUUUUUUUUUUUUAAACCAGGCCCCACUUCACAGUUACUAAAAAGACUUCUUUCUAAUCAAGUAUAAAUCUCUCCCUGGAAGGCCGGAGCACAAUAAUAGUGCAUAAAAUAUUACAUUUAGAAAACUGGAUUAUUUCCACAAAAUGCUGUCAUACAGUAUUCGUAAAAAGGUUAUUUUUCCAUGUAUGUACAUAGAUGCAAAAGCUGUUGUAUAUUUUCCUGCCUGUUGUCAUAUAGCCUGUUUACUGUGGCAGUGCACGUUGCACCUCAUGGCAUCCUACAUCUGAACGCUGGUUUUGUAAAAAUAGUGACUGAAAUUAGUCAUUAAAAAUUGUUACUGUGUGGUAACACCCUGUGAAA